GUCCAAUCGGCUAUUUUAGCUCACACAACAACGCUGAGCUUGAUUUCCAGAAGAUGGCGACCGCUCUGGUGGUGUCAGCAACUGUCCCUUCAAAUGCAGAAAAAGAAAAAUGCCAAACUGCAGUCCAAAAUCUUGUGAAGCAACCUCAAAUGUAUAUCAAGCAUCCCUUACAGAACAGAUGGGCUCUGUGGUUUUUCAAGAACGACAAAAGCAAAACGUGGCAAGCAAAUCUGCGCCUCAUCUCUAAGUUCGACACUGUGGAAGACUUCUGGGCAUUAUACAAUCACAUUCAGCUGUCAAGCAAUUUGAUGUCUGGCUGUGACUAUUCUCUUUUCAAGGAUGGUAUUGAGCCCAUGUGGGAAGACGACAGGAACAGACGCGGUGGCCGUUGGCUGAUAACACUUUCCAAGCAGCAACGCAAGUCUGAUCUUGACCGCUUUUGGUUAGAAACGCUCUUGUGUCUGGUGGGCGAGGCUUUUGACGACCACAGCGACGACGUGUGUGGAGCAGUCAUCAAUGUCCGGGCCAAAGGAGACAAAAUAGCAAUAUGGACCACAAACUACGAAAACAAAGAUGCAAUUACACAUAUUGGGAGCGUCUACAAGGAAAGACUGGGAGUGCCACCGAAGGUCAUCAUCGGUUACCAGUCGCAUGCAGACACUGCAACAAAGAGCGGCUCCACCACCAAAAACAAGUUUGUUGCCUGAAGAACCGCCAGAUAUCGUUUUUUGUUAUUGCCACAUACAUCCUACAAUGGAGAAUAUGUUCAUCCCAAGAAAAUAUGAAAGUGCUUUUCUGCCUGCUGGCAAUUCUUGCUCUUUGAUAACUAUACUACAGUGGAGGACUUUGAGGUGUUGACUUCCUGAGCCUAUUUUCUUUUGCAGUGUGGCUCAUUGAUUUCAAUCGGAUCCCUUAAAUACUUGUUUUCCAAGCCACUACUGCAGACAACAGACCUGUUUGGAACAUUUGAGUUGAUGCACGUCAUUUGAGGCGUCAGUUGGUUGAAGAUCUGUUUUUUUUCCCUUGCACUAAAGUCUUACAGCGUUUCUGAAACCCCAAAUAUCAGCGAGAAGUCGGAAAUGUGUCCAUCGACAUGCAGCCACACAUUCAUUUAAUGUUCUUGAAUUAAACCUGUUGCUUUUCUUUCUUACAAGUUUGUCGGCUUUGUUUUAACCCACCUGUUGGAGGCGCAGUUCCAGUGGCUCAGUUUGUUUGGAAGUAUUUUCCUGAACCCUGUUUUGUUUGUCGCAUCUCCGUUUCAAGUGUUGUGUUUCUGAACCAUUGUUUUGAAAGUGUGCCUUUGAAUGUAGCAGCCUGUGAACAGGGAAUGUAAAAAGGACAGAUGUAAAUAAAAAAGCAUUCUAAAGCAU